AUGUACGCGAUCAGCAAGGAACGAUUGAUCGACAAAGAUCCGCAAAGUUUGGACAAGCCGUCGUUACCGUUCGUCGAGGCUGGCUGUUGCAUACUGAACUACGUGGCAGACGUGGUGAGCGCGAUUUGCCCCCGAUCGAUCCAGUCGCGUCAAGAUCGGGCAACCAGUCCGCCGUGGGAAGGCGGCGCCACUCCGGUCAACGACGUGAACGACAGCGAUUGGAUAGACGACGUGCCGCACGAGGACGAGGACAGUGCUGCCGACGAUUCCGACGACGACAGCCUUUGCAACAAAUUGUGCACGUUCACCAUCACGCUGAAGGAAUUUAUGAAUCAACAUUGGUACCACUGUCACACCUGCAACAUGGUGAACGGAGUUGGCGUUUGCACGGUGUGCGCUCGCGUUUGUCAUCGCGGCCACGACGUUACCUAUGCGAAAUAUGGGAAUUUCUUUUGCGACUGCGGCGCCAAGAACGACGGCUUUUGCCAGGCUCUGACCAAACGGAGUCCUCAAUCUCAGCAAUCGGAGCAACACCAAACGAACGCGACUGCCGUUGGUCCCGGCAAUCCGACGGCCGCGUCGACUGGCAGCUCGGCUGCCACUGCCAACACCACCCACGGUUACGGGAAUAACACCGUUCCGGGGAACACGUCCGCCGAGAAUCGAGAAGGUUUCGGUCUUCUCACGAGCAGUUUGCGACGAAGGACUUCCAGCCCCUUGUACCUGUUGUCGUCGUCCGACAAACAGGAGAGACAAGGCCGUGACAAACAGAGGCACGCUUGCUUGGCCAAACAGCUGGUCCGGAGAGCUCUUAGUCGUUUGCUCACUUGUUUUUCGCUCGAUGAUGAAACAGAAACGUCCAAGGAUUGGAUACAAGGUUAUCUUUGGAAGAGUGGCUUGGUAUCGUCGUUGGUAGAUUUGACUCGCGCGUUGGUACCGGCGGUGGAUGCAUCCUGUCGAAAGAACUCUCUUCCUACUCUGGGAUCGCAAGAAGGAGCGUUCGAAAAUGUUCGAAUGAACUACUCGGGAGAUCAAGGACAAACCAUCAGACAGCUGUUGUCUGCGCAUAUGAUACGUCGCGUUGCGAUGUGUUCGGUGUCGCACGAAAAGGGGAAAAUAACGGUGUUGCAGUUGGGCGCGUUGUUGAAACAACCCGACUCGUCGAAGAGAAAGUUGACGUUGACGAGGCUGGCUUCCGCACCGGUACCGUUCACCGUCUUGUCGGUAACUGGGAAUCAGUGGAACGAGGACUUCCUGGCGGUAUGCGGGUUCAAGGAUUGCCACGUGUUGACGUUCAAUACUUCGGGCACCGUGUCGGAUCACUUGGUGCUGUAUCCUCAAUUGGAGACCGGCAACUUCAUCAUAAAAGCGAUAUGGCUGCCUGGAUCGCAAACUCAGCUGGCCCUGGUCACCGCGGAUUUCGUCAAGAUUUACGAUCUGGCGAAGGACGCUCUUUGCCCGCAGUAUUAUUUCCUGGUGCCAACGGGCAAGAUACGAGAUUGCACGUUCAUGCACGCGGAGGAUGGCGUGUUCUAUCUGUUGAUAAUAUCCUCGGCCGGCUACAUAUACGGCCAGGCAAUGGACGAGGUGAGCUCGGCCAAGUACGGACCUUUCUACGUGACCAACACCCUGGACGUCUAUCAUCCGGAGAUCAGGGACAACGGCCAAGUGGGCGGCGGUGGCGUCUCGAUAUACUAUUCGCACGCGUUGCAGUUGCUGUUCUUCAGUUACGCCUGCGGCAAGAGUUUCAUCGCGCCGCUGAAAUACAUGGAGACCGACGUGACCACGACGAGCAACAAUCCGGUGAUACUGAUGAUCAAGCCUGACGCGAUAAUGAUUCAAGAGAUCAAAGCUAUGCCUGCCAAGGCCAAGAUAAUGGACAUGGUGGUAAUAAGGCAUCCGAGUUCGAACGCCGAGCAUCGAACCACCCUGAUCUUGCUGUGCGAGGAUGGAAGUCUGAGAAUUUACAUGGCCGGGAUGGAGCAAACUGGAUACUGGAUGUCUCCUACGGUUCAGCCGGUGGGCACGAUGGCCACGAUGAAACCGGCGCGAAAGAAGAAAACCGUCAAGGCGGGCAAACCAACGGGAUCCGUUACCUUCCCCAUUGAUUUCUUCGAGCAUUGUCAAGUGAUGAACGACGUGGAAUUCGGCGGCAACGACUUGCUGCAAAUAUACAACGUUGCCCAGAUCAAGCACCGGCUCAACACCACUGGAAUGUACGUUGUUUCUACGAAAGCCAUGGGAUUCACCGUCGACGUUACCAACAACGACGCCGUUUUGGUCAUAACGGGGAUUCGAGUGUUGCUCGGCAAUCAGGACGUUCAAAGAGCGCCGGUAUUUGGCAGAAGUGUUCGAACAACUGUGAGUAGAAGUCGUUGGUUCGACAUACCUUUGACUCGGGAGGAGAGUCUUCAAGCUGACAAGAAAUUGACCGUCACGUUCGGACCGUCUCAAGAUCCCGAGGGUGUCAUUAUGGUGGAUUGCAUUAAAAUAUAUGGCAAAACAAAGGAUGCCUUUGGUUGGCCCGAAGAGAUAGAAGACGUACCGACCGGUCAGUCAACGUCCGCGCCGCUCGCCACGAUAAACAGCGAGACGGAUAGCGCCCUGUCUGCACCUGCUUCUUUGUCUUCCGUCGAUAGGAUGAUCGCGGGUAUGUUGGAAGUUUUGGAAUUGGCUUUCAACGUACCCUCCAACGACGCUGAGAACAAGCUGUCGUUGAAAGCGACCGCUAUCGAGGUAGCGUCGCAAUUACUCACGUUGCCGACUCCGCCUCCCGUGCAGGUGCACACGACCGCGCUUCUAGCCGCUCUACACCCGUCCAAACAGGCGUAUCAUCUUCACAAAGAUUACGUGCUGUUGUCACACGUACUGGACUCGUUGAAAUCGAUGAGAGAACUCGAGGAUGCCCGUGACAUAGACGCGGAGAACUUUUACAGACUGGUACUUAUAGUCCGCGGUAUAUCCGUAUCACGGCCGCAAAACUUUGCCAAGUUUACCGAACAAUACACGAACAAGCCGAUAGACGAAACCAAUGUGCCGAUCUUUGAAAAGGAUCGAGAAAACGUUGGUCAGUCUCGUAAGAGCGAAACUACGGAUGAAAAUCAAGAGCAUCUAGUGGUGCAACUUAUGGAAAUGUUGUGGUCUUUGCACGUGGCCUAUCCGAAGAACAUGGCUCUCGCGCCGGUCGUAGUUCCAGGAUUGACUCACGCCGAGGGGACGAUUCACGCGGUUGUCGAAAUAAUUCACUCGUUCGCGACGUGUGACGUGGAGAAGAAUAUUCCGUUGGCCGCUAAAUUGUACUUGCAGUUGUUACUGUCGUCCGACACGACCAUCGGCUUCACCGUUAAGCAGGCAAUCGUUCGUGUGCUUCGACCGAGGUACAAGAGAAGAAGAGUUUACAUACCAAGUCCCCCGAAUUGCAGCACACCGGGCACCACGACAUGCGUGGAGAACACGGAAGAGAAGCCAACGACGUCGUCUCACUCGCAUCGAGAAUUGCCGACAGCAGCAGCAGCAGCAGCAGCAGCAGCAGCAGUCACGUCGACGAUGGAAGCGGAACAUUUGGUGGACGCGGAAGCGAUUGGCUCGUCAGUGAUCGAUCCUUUGGCAGUGAUGUUGGCAACGACGGAUGGUCGAAAUCAAAAUUCGACCGUUGCUACAACGAGUGCAACGGCCGCUGGCGGUGCCAGUGGUGGUAGCAGCAGCAGCAGCAGCAACAGCAACAGCGGAGCACCGAUAAGCGCAAGGGGAGCGGUAAAUCCAUUGGAAACGUUGCUCGGAUCGGCAAGUUUUCCACAAAUGUUGGACGUGCCGCCGGAUACCGACGACGAGACGAUGGUGGAAUUGGCAAUCGCGCUUAGUUUGCAAGAUCACGAAAGUGGGAACGCAGACUUGCAAGUGCUGCGACAAGGAUUCCAACAGAGUCUGUCGAACUUGCAAGGAUUGGAAAACCUGCAGAACUUGAACGGACCAGCGUUGCAAAGCUUGCAAGCAUUGGCAGCGCAAGAUUUGGUCCAAGUUCAAAGUACCAGUCAGGGUCAGGAAGGUGGGGGUCAUUACUCGGACACGACCGCUUCCGCCGGAGGCUCGGACGACGAGGGAUCGACCGCUGCCACGGAUGGCAGUACGCUGCGGACGUCGCCGGCAGAGCAAGGUGGUAGUGGUGGUAGCAAGGGUAGCGAGAGCGGUGGGAGCGAGAGCGGAGGAAGUGCUGUAGACAGCAUGACGGGGGAGCAUAAUGUAUCGGGAAGGAGCUCCGCGUACGGAGACAAUGGUCCCGAUUCUAUACCUCCGAUCGGCGGAGGAAUUGGAGCGAACCAAGCGCAACGUUCCGAAACUAAUUCCGUGGGUGUUCCCGCGGCUUUUACCGUUACCGAGCAAGAGGAAGGUACGGAACAAGAACACGUCGCCGAACAGGAGAACGACACGAGCUGCGAAACCACUGCAAAACUGCAUACGAUACGAUUGUUACUGCUGGACAAACUCACGCGGUUCGUGCCAAAUUUGACGAACGUGCCUGGUGUCUUGACCGUUCCGUUUAUGCAGGUGCUGUUGAUGUUAACUGCCGAUUUAGAUGGACAAGAUGAGAAGGAUAAAGUUUGCGUGGAACGAUUGCUUCGAAUACUGGUGAUGGAAUUAGAAAUGGACAAGCCGGACACGAGUAAUAUAUGGCAGCGUAGCAACAAGCGAGAAGUUCAUUUGGUCAUUAUGCGAUUGCUGAGCGUUUUAAUGUCUCGCUCGAAACACACUGCGAAAACGCAACCAGCGGAGAGUUCGAAUUUCAUUUCUCAAACGGCAGCUGCGAUACUCAACGAGGCUGGAGUGAUCGAUUAUUGCUCGACGUUGCUGAAAGCGUUGUUGGAAUAUUGGAAAACAACGUCGACCGAAGAAGCCGACAGCAUCCUCGGUGGCCAAUUGCUCAAAGAACAUCUGACCGCUUCUCUGCCGGACAUGUCGCCGCUGUUUUUGCGACAACACGUCAAGGGACACGCCGGCGACAUAUUCGAGCCUUAUCCGCAGUUACUCACGGAAAUGGUGUUGCGAUUACCCUAUCAGGUGUACAAAUACGCCGAAAGCAGUUCGACGCAGUCAGCUUUCGAACAACCUUGGUACUUUUAUCUCUGCGAGUACAUGAUGUCUUACCAAACGCCACUCGUUAGAAGACAAGUACGCAAAUUGCUGCUCUUUAUCUGCGGUAAUAAGGAAAAGUACAGACAACUGCGGGAUUUGCAUGCCCUGAUCUCCCACGUUCAAUCGGUUCAACAAUGCUGUACCACUGGUGGAUUCGAUCCUCUUCAAACACGGCCACGCUCCAUCAAUUUGCCGUAUGAUUCGUUGGUGGAUUUGAUCGAGCACCUGAAAUGCUGCGUAGAAAUUGCUACGAGUCGCACGGGAAAUUGGCAGCGAUUCUGCUUGAAGCAGAACACGGUGCUCUCUUAUUUCUUUACCAUAUCGACGUUGUUGGACGAAGGCGUUAGCCCCACCGUGUUGCAACUCUUGCAGUGCGCCAUAUGCUCGAGCAACAAGUCGAAAGAAACGACAACGACAACGACAACGACAACGACAACGACGACAAAGGAUCAACAAACGAAAACGAAAGUAAGCGAGACGACGUUCCGUUUCAGCGGUGUUGUCCGUUUGGAAGAGAAAGGAAGAAAGAGAGAAAGAAAGAGGUCGUUCCUCCGCUGCGAUCUGUCUGUGUUUCAGGAAUCUGGGAAAUCGGGGACUGUAACUGGCAGCUCGAAAGAAAGACGGGAACGUGAAAAGUCGGAAGACUCGGAUACAGAAGCCAAGUUCGAGGAAGCUCAAUGUUUGGCAUUGGUCGAACAAAUUCAGAAGCAAGUGUCUCCAGGCCUGUUGACGAAAUUUAUUCAAACCUUUUUACUCGAGACGAACAAUACGAAUGUCCGUUGGCAAGCGCACUCGUUGAUACUGGCUAUUUACAAGAAUUGCGGUUCGGCGGAUCAAGAAGUUCUACUAGACUUACUGUGGCGGUUGUGGCCGUUGUUGCCGGCGUACGGUCGAAAAGCAGCGCAGUUCGUCGACUUGCUCGGCUACUUCUCUCUGAAGACUCAGCACGCGAGUAAAAAGAUGCACGCGUACAUGGAACAAGCGGUGGCGGUGUUGCGCGCGCAGAAUCAAUUGCUGGCACGUCACCCGAACGCGAAUCUGUACGCGAACCUGGCGCAGUUCGUCGAAUUGGACGGCUAUUAUUUGGAGAGCGAGCCCUGCUUGGUCUGCAACAAUCCCGAAGUUUCCAUGUCGACGAUCAAGCUGUCGUCGAUCAAGGUCGACUCCAAGUUCACGACGACCACGCAAAUAGUGAAACUGAUCGGCAGUUACACGAUAAGUCGCAUCACUCUGCGCAUAGGCGACCUGAAGAGGACGAAAAUGGUGCGCACGAUCAACAUAUAUUACAACAAUCGGUCGGUGCAGGCUGUCGUCGAACUGAAAAACAAGCCUGCCAUGUGGCACAAAGCCAAAAAGAUAACGCUGGCCCAAGGACAAACGGAGAUCAAGAUGGAGUUCCCGUUGCCGAUCGUCGCGUGCAAUCUGAUGAUCGAGUACGCGGACUUUUACGAGGAUAUACAAGCUUCGUCCGAGACUCUGCAAUGUCCGCGAUGUUCGGCCAACGUGCCGGCGAAUCCCGGCGUUUGCGGCAACUGCGGCGAGAACGUGUUCCAGUGUCACAAGUGCAGAGCCAUCAACUACGACGAGAAGGACCCGUUCUUGUGCCAUGCCUGUGGCUUCUGCAAGUACGCCAAGUUCGACUACACGCUGACCGGCAGGCCGUGUUGCGCGGUCGACCCGAUCGAGAGCGACGACGAUCGAAAGAAAACGGUGGCGACGAUCAACACUCUGCUGGAGAAGGCCGACAGAGUGUACAAAACUCUGAUAUCGAACAAGCCGACGUUGGAGAUGUUGCUGAUAAAAAUAUCGGAGCAUCGAUUGGAUCGAGGAUUGGUGGAGGACGGCGCGGCAGCGGCCGCCGCAGCCGCUAUCCAAGUAUCGAGCGGCGGCGGCAGCACCCAGGUGAACAGAGCGAUACAGCUGCUGGCUCAGAGGUACUGCGGCGAGUGUAAAACUUCGUUCGAAGAACUCAGCAAGAUCAUACAAAGAGUUUUGGCUUGUCGGCGAGAACUCGUGGCGUACGAUCGCCAGCAACGAGACCAGAUUAUCGCCAGUUGCUCGUCGUCCAGCGCAACGACCAACGACCACGCGACGAACGACGACGCGGCCAACGACCACGCGACAAUGACGACGAUGACGACGAUGAUGACGGCAAGCAGCAAAGACGAGUCUUUGGCGAACCAAGUUGAACAGUCGACGACAACGACGGCGACGACGACGACGACGACUACGACUACGACUACGACUGCGACUACGACUACGACUACGACUACGUUGGCGCAUCAACAACCUGCCGCGAGCGUCGGAUACGCGAAUCCGGUGCUGCAGACGGCGGGUCGUUGUUACGGAUGCGCGACCGCGGCUACGGAGCAUUGCCUGACUUUGCUGCGGGCCCUUGCCACCAAUCAGGUGGCCAAGGAGGUCCUCUGCAAACAAGGAUUGAUACAGGAACUGGUGGAGCACAAUUUGCGAAAGGGUACCGUGCAGAUGCAGGAAGAGGUUCGGCAGUUGCUCUGCCUCGUUACCAGAGACAACGCGCAGUCGACCAAAGAGCUUUGCGGCUUGUUGACCGGUCGAAUCACCCUGACGCUUCGCGGUCGUGUCGUCACGUCGGACCUGUCGUUGGCCGUACGUCACGAAAUGGCGCUGCUCGCGGCUUUGAUUCAAAAGGAGGACGCUUGUUGGGAGCAGAAGCUGCGCUGCGUGAUGCAAUUGUUCCUAAUGGCGUGUAAAGAGUCCAAGAGCCCCGUGGUGAUGGAAAGUAUCAUCCUACCGUGUUUGAAGAUAUUGCAAGGUCUGGUGAAACCAGAGCAGCAGCAACAGCAACAACAGCAACAACAGCAGCAGCAGCAGCAGCAGCAGCAGCCGGCGACGACAGUCUCGAAGAAG